GAUUUCCUCCUCCUCCUCCUCCUCCUCAACAUCACCCUGUUCUUCCUCGGGAUGUAUCGGCGUGUGGUGCACCUGUUUAAUGUCAUAUUUGGCUGUUCGGCCGCCGAAAUGCCCCUUUUUAACCCUUGCAACCAGUAACCACACGAAAAGGUUUAAACGACCUCUUCGGUGGUAGCGUAAGGCCUCGGUGCUGUGAGAUUUGAGGCAACGUUAGAGGAUGUGUUGAUUUUUUUCUCCGAGGUGCAGCAGUGAGACAGCAUCUUUGCCGGGUGACACAUCUUUAUCACUACGAGUGGAUAAGCCCCACGUGACACCAUGUCGGACAAAAGUGAUCUAAAAGCCGAGCUUGAACGUAAGAAGCAGCGCCUCGCCCAGAUCAGGGAGGAAAAGAAAAGAAAGGAGGAGGAGAGGAAGAAGAAAGAGUCAGAGAGUCAACAGAAGGCAGAGGCGACCCCAGAAGAUUCAGACCUAGAUCGCAAGCGCAGAGAGACGGAGGCCCUGCUACAGAGUAUUGGCAUCUCACCGGAGCCUCCACUAGUCCCGACCCCUGUGUCCCCCUCCAAAUCAGUGAGCACGCCCAGUGAGACAGGGAGCCAGGACUCUGCUGAUGGAGGAGCAGCAGGCAGCUUUUACCAAUUGGAGUUUACAAAUUGGUCAGUUUUCUCUAAAAACAAGUCCCAGGCACAGAGCUCAAGGACACUGCAGUGGGACACAGACCCCUCUGUGCUGCAGCUGCAGGCUGAUUCUGAGCUCGGGCGCAGGAUGCAGAGGCUGGGGGCCUCUAAGAUCACACAGGUAGACUUCCUUCCCAAAGAGGUGGUCUCUUACAACAAGGAGACACAGACACUGCUCACCGCCCACCUGUCUGAAGUAGAGGAAGAAGAGGAAGAUGAAGAGAUGAUGGAAGCGAAGCCAGGCCCAGAGUCAGAGCAGCAGGAUGAAGACGAUAACCGGGAAACCAAAGAUGGCUCAUUUCCAGUGCUUCGGGAGCUGACAGAGGAGGAGAGGCAACAGAUCCUACACUCCUCUGAGUUUCAAAGUUUCUUUGACUGCAGCAUCCGGGUGAUGGAAAGAGCUCUGGCCGAAGACGGCGACAUCUUCUUUGACUACAGCGGCCGAGACCUUGAGGACAAAGAGGGAGACUUGGGUAGCGGCUCCAGUCUGUCCUUCAGCAGGCUCUUCUAUGACGAACACUGGUCGAAGCAUCGUGUUAUCACUUGUCUUGACUGGUCCCCUCAGUAUCCUGAGUUGCUGGUUGCCUCGUAUAACAACAAUGAAGAUGCUCCCCAUGAACCAGAUGGUGUUGCUCUGGUGUGGAACAUCAAGUUUAAGAAGGCCACACCAGAGUACAUCUUUCACUGUCAGUCUCCGGUGGUGUCUGUGGGUUUUGCCAGGUUUCAUCCCAACCUGGUGGUAGGGGCUUACUCAGGACAGAUCGUCUUGUGGGACAAUCGCAGUCACCGUCGGACCCCUGUCCAGAGAACUCCCCUGUCUGCUGCUGCACACACUCAUCCAGUGUACUGCGUGAACGUGGUUGGCACUCAGAAUGCCAACAACUUGAUCACUGUGUCUACAGAUGGCAGGAUGUGCUCCUGGAGUCUGGACAUGCUCUCCCAGCCUCAGGAGACCAUGGAGCUGGUGUACAAUAAAUCCAAACCUGUGGCGGUGACAGGCAUGGCAUUCCCCACGGGAGAUGUUAACAACUAUGUGGUUGGAAGCGAGGAGGGGACUGUUUAUACUGCAUCCAGACAUGGCAGUAAGGCGGGUAUCUGUGAGAUGUUUGAGGGCCACCAAGGGCCAGUUACAGGCAUCAGCUGCCACAGCGCAGUGGGCACUGUAGACUUCUCCCACCUCUUUAUCACAUCCUCCUUCGACUGGACCGUCAAACUCUGGAGCACCAAGCACAACAAGCCUCUGUACUCGUUCGAGGACAACGCUGACUAUGUGUAUGACGUCAUGUGGUCGCCGGUGCACCCUGCCAUGUUUGCCGCCGUGGACGGCAUGGGCCGCCUGGACCUGUGGAACCUCAACAACGACACCGAGGUACCAACUGCCAGUGUGACCAUUGAAGGAGCCUCGGCCCUCAACAGGGUCCGCUGGUCGUCGGGAGGGAAGGAGGUGGCUGUGGGUGACUCAGAGGGCCGAGUCUGGAUCUAUGAUACAGGAGAGCUUUCGGUGGCCCACACUGACGACUGGGCGCGUUUCGGUCGGACCCUGGUGGAGAUUCGUGCCAACCGGGCGGACGGUGAGGAGGAGGGGCCUAUGGAGCUGGCUUCAUAGAAAAGGACUCCAAAAACCAAAGUGGAGGGAAUCAGAGAGCUGGUGUGCUUUUAUUGGUGUCACUGUAGCAUGUGCUCCUCACUCAGUUUCAUUUCAGUUCUCCACCUUUUAUCCACAUGUUCCCGUCUGCUGCGAACAAAGCAACGCUUUCGUUGUGUUUUGCAUUUGCUCUCCUGUAAAUGCAGACUGUCCAUGAAUGGGUAAAAACAACUGAUUUGUCCUCCUUUAUUUAUUCAAUUUAUGACUUCAGGUGAUGUGUUUCUUGCAACUCGUGAGCCUACGGUAUAUAAAGAGUGGCGAUCUUAUAGCCUUAUGAAGAUAUGUGUACUGUAACAAUGCUUUGCACUACCGUAAAAAUAAAGCAGGGUCCAUAGACUAGUCAUGUUUACGAGUCAUGUUCACUUUAUGUUGUGCUUCUUUUCUCUGUAUUUAAGCCUGCAUGCGACACAUUCCUAAAAUAUUCCCAAUGCAGAAACAUGGAGUUAAUAUGGUGACGUUAUCACACGUGGGGCGUUGUUGCUGCUUUAUGUUAGUGUUUCAGUCGGUAUGUUGGAAUCAAGUGUGGUUUUGGGCACUUUGUCUUCUGUUACUGAAUGAGAGCUUCAUGUAUAUUCUUUACUGAACUGUAACAAGAGGUAUAUUGUAACUCAGAGUGAUGGCUGUUAAACCUGCUAUGUUUACUAUUAAAGCAUAGCCAAUGAA